GGUAGAGGUACUUGGCACGGAGAAACCUUAGAUAAUCGUACACGUGGCGCAAUGGGGAGGUGAUACGCAUACGAGCGUGUGUCAUCUGUGUGUACGCGGAUAUUAUUAUUAUUAUUAUGAAAAUCACGCGCGCGCUUGCUGACGGGCCAACUGGUGCAGCGGAACAUAAUUAUCGUGCAUCUCGCAACACGCUCGUGUGUACAUGCGGGUACGCAUCGGUGUACCGCUACUAUGCUUGCGCUCUUCUCCGUAAGAAAUCCGCUACAUGAGAAACUUUGGAAACAGGCGGGACUGACGAGAUGCUUUAGCCCUGAAACACGAGAAAUCCUCGCUGCUCUUCGCAAGGAAAGUGUGUUAAGGUCAACAUACGGAUUACGAGUGAGUCAUGAUCUUCGGCAAUCUGUCAAAUCGAGCGGAGAAAACCGGAUUGGACUAAAAUUACGCUAAAUGGACCGCUCACUCUGAAUUAUCGGCGUUUCAUGUGUCAUCUCUUAGCAUUGCGCUUCUGAUAAACUCGUUUAAAAACGCUUCCAAUUUCAUUGUAACGAAAUAGUAGUGGUGGUGGUGACCCUGUCGUGUCCGUUUGCACCAGGUACCGCUUAUGGAUCGGCCGGUUGCUAUACCAGCACCCUCGCCCUCUCUCUCCCUUUCUCCAUUUGUAUCCACACCGCCUCUCGUCGGGGGUAAGAGAAUCUCGAGUGUUAUAUCAAUGGAGUCGGUCGUGAGUAGCCAUACGGCGAAGUGGCUUUAUGCUUUAUCGUGACGGAAAUGGCGCGCUGCCCGACCUUGAGAACGUCUAGAGAUACUCGAGUGGGAUUUCGUUCGGGCGACGUUGGCUGAUAAGGAGCCGACGAAACAGACAAAGAAAAAAAUCGGCUUUGUGGACAUGACGAAGGUGCGAUAGCACUUUUUCGCGCUUUUUCCCGAUCGACAGCGAAGGGAUAUGUCUGAAUGGGUGGUGUUUGCUUGUGUCGCGUUGGUCGCGGCAGCCAGGUUAACGCUGGCUCGAUUCUCGAUCGCGUGAUCAGCCAGGCAAGCAACGAGGAUCAGUGCCUGUUAUAUCGGCUUGCCAAUUACAAGAAGGGCGGCGAGCUGAUCGAGGCGUACAAUCAGGGCGGCCAGCCAGAAGUGGAGAAAUUGAUGCGCGAGCAAUUCGGUAUGCUGAUGUAUGCGGACGGUAAGGGCCAGGUGAUCAAUCGCGCCGAGUAUCUGCGCUGGAAAUUCCGCGACCUCGAGCAGGUCGUGCUGCCGAUCGAGGCCUCAUUAUCACGUUUCGAUCCACUCGCGCAGUGGAACGAUCACGAGGCCUGUUGGCAGAUGCAGUACAGAGGCUCGCUGGGUGAGGCCUUGCUGCAUGUUCUCAUUAUAUGCGACACGCGAAUACACACCAGAAUAGCACGUAUAUUGCUCAAGUGUUUCCCGCGACUUGCUAUUGACGUCGUCGAGGGGGAAGAGUAUCUCGGUGCGAGCGCCCUUCACUUAGCGAUCGCCUAUAACAACAACGAGCUCGUGCAGGAUCUGGUCGAUGCGGGCGCGAUUAUCUCACAGCGGGCUAUCGGUAGCUUCUUUCUACCGCGUGAUCAGCAGAGAAUGAAUCCCGCUAGAAACACCGAUUACGAGGGACUCGCGUAUUUGGGCGAAUACCCGCUCGCUUGGGCCGCCUGCUGCGCUAACGAGAGCGUCUAUAAUCUGCUGCUUGAUUCCGGCGCCGAUCCUGACGAGCAGGAUUCUUUCGGAAAUAUGAUUUUGCACAUGGUCGUAGUUGGCGAUAAAUUGGAUAUGUUCGGCUAUGCUCUGCGACAUCCGAAGCUUCCCGCUCGCAACGGAAUCGUGAAUGCUGCGGGUCUGACCCCGUUGACACUUGCCUGCCAGCUUGGGCGUGCCGAGGUCUUUCGUGAGAUGCUGGAACUGUCCGCGCGGGAGUUCUGGCGUUACAGUAAUAUCACCUGCUCGGCAUAUCCCCUCAAUGCCCUCGACACGCUGCUACCAGACGGCAGAACAAACUGGAACUCCGCGCUAUUUAUCAUUCUGAACGGUACGAAGGAGGAGCACUUGGACAUGCUGGACGGUGGUAUUAUUCAGCGAUUACUUGAGGAAAAAUGGAAGACUUUCGCGCGAUUGCAGUUCCUGAAGCGAUUGAUUAUCUUGGUGUUUCACCUGGCCUCGCUGUCCUUAGCCGUAUACUUCAGGCCCGCAGACAUGGAUGCUGUGCUGCUGCAGUGGCCCGAGGAGAUAACGGACGUCGUCCGCACCGCGGCGGAGUGUAUCACCGUAUUGGGCGUGCUCAAUUAUAUCCUGGUACAGCUGGGUGGCGAGAUGAUCAACGUCGGACCGCUGUCGUUUCUGAAGCAACUGAGCCACGAACCGGCCAAGUUGAUAUUCGUGAUCAGCAAUCUACUCAUUCUCGCGUGCAUUCCAUGUCGUAUCGCCGGAAAUCGGCACGCGGAGGAUGCGAUACUGACGUUCGCCGUACCUGGCUCGUGGUUUCUUCUCAUGUUUUUCGCCGGAGCAAUUCGAUUGACCGGCCCAUUCGUCACAAUGGUGUACAGCAUGAUAACCGGUGAUAUGCUGACUUUCGGUAUAAUCUACACGAUCGUGCUCUUCGGAUUCUCGCAAUCGUUUUAUUUUCUCUACAAGGGGUUUCCAGGCGUGAAAUCAUCUCUCUAUCAUUCUUAUCCUUCGACCUGGAUGGCGUUAUUUCAGAUAACCCUUGGCGAUUAUAACUAUGCGGACUUGAAUAACACGAUCUAUCCUAAUUUGAGCAAGACCGUCUUCGCGAUUUUUAUGGUACUUGUGCCCAUUUUAUUGCUCAACAUGUUGAUUGCCAUGAUGGGCAAUACAUACGCACACGUUAUCGAGCAAAGCGAAAAGGAAUUCGUCAAGCAGUGGGCAAAAAUCGUGGUGUCCUUGGAACGCGCCGUAUCGCAAAAAGAUGCUCAUAAUUAUCUGCAAGAAUACAGUAUCAAGCUAGGACCCGGCGACGAUCCUAACAAUCCCGCAUCGGAGCAGAGAGGCGUGCUCGUUAUUAAAAGCAAAUCAAAGACUAAAGCGAAACAGCGUAAGGGCGCUGUAGCUAAUUGGAAGCGAGUCGGAAAAGUCACGAUAAACGAGCUGAGAAAACGAGGACUGACUGGCGAGGAGCUUCGACAUAUAAUGUGGGGACGCGAAUCCUUCUCCACUCCUGUACGAGUCAGUCCCAAUGCUGGCCAACCGCAAGUGUCGGCAGUUACUGCAGGUUUUGGUGAUGCGUUAACCGCAGCUUUGGACGUAAUGGCCUUUGCACAUGACUUUGACUUAUCCGCGGCGACAGAAGGUAUACCCACCAAUAUCGAUGCGAAACAGACAAAAACGACACAACAGAAAGCCAUUCUCAACGACCAGAUGAAAACGACCCAGAAUAAUCCGCAAACAGUGACGAGUGUUGAAUCACAUAAACAGCCCAUUAAGGAGCCAACUAAAUUAUCAGGUCUUACGGAUUUAAUCGACAAUUCUACUAAUCCUGUGAAGGAUGUAAAAGCGAUGAAUUUAAAAAAUACCGUAAAAAAUCAAACAAAAGCGCUCGAAGCAGCUAUUGAAGAUCCAUUUCUGGAAUUAGUCAUUGCUUCCGAGACUACAAUAAAUUAUGAAAUCUUACUGCAAAUGGCGAAGUCUGCCCUAGCUGCCAGCGAAGCUUCGAUGAAAACAAUGGUUGAUUCACAAAUUUUGGCACAUUUUGCCAUGAUCGCUCCGCCAGUCACUGAGAAGUCCAUCGUUAAAAAGCAGUACUUUAUAGAAUCCAGUGAUAACGAUUUCGGUGGUGAUAAUUUGCUAGGCACUGAAGCUCGUCUUCGAAGAAUAAAAUCUGCGAAUAACAGGUUUAUUUCUACGUCAAAACGGUCACACCGUAAUGACGAUGACGAUAGUUCUUCGUCCACUAUAUCAAUCGAACGAAAUCAGCGAUAUCGAUCACUAUUCAAUGAUCCGGAAGAGAAACCGACAAAUCAUAUCGAGAUUGAAGGUCGAAAGGCUUCCAUUGAAACAAUUAAGUCGGAAGUCAAGCAGAAUGGUAGUAUUCCAGUCAAGGUACCGGAUAAAAAUCAGAAACGUCGACCGAAAACGGCCAAGAACAGGGUAUCGCCUAAGGAAAUAGAAGAGCCGAUGAGGAGGAAGGAAUCGAUUGAGCUGAAUAAGGCGGCUUCACCGCCGACGUCGUCUUCGGAUCCGCUCGAACCAUGGAGCACGCGUGGCAUUACUGACAUGAACACAAUAUUGGCCUGGCGGGAUAACGCACCGGAUAGUCCUUAAUAUGAUUUUAUGACAUUUUGUGCUGCACCGAUCUGGCGCCAACGCCAUCGGCGUCAGAUCAUAUGGAUGAUCGUGCGUAAGAAAACCUCGCGUUCGAACUUAUUUCGAAAAUUGCAUAAGUUCAGUUUUUAAAGUUUUAAACUGUAAUACGCGUGGCGGAUUCUGAUUUAAUCCAGAAAUUACUCUGAUUUAAAUAAAUAAUCAUUAAUUAAUAAUAUGCUAAUAAUAUUUUAUAAAUAAGUACAAAAAGUACAAUAGAGUUAAAAUAUAAAAUUAAUCGACAACAGCUUUUCAUAUAUAAGAGAUUGGCUCACUAUUUUUCGAAAAUAACUGUGAAACACAGUUUAAUAUUGCAUAAAUUAGUUUUUUUUUUGCUAGUACGAUAUGCUUAAUGUAACAAAGAGCUUUGAUUUGUAUAAAAUAAACAGUUUGUAAAGAUAUAUGGUCGAUUUGCAUAUACGGCAGUAUUAUGUGUAUAAGCUAAACGGCUAAAAUAAGUUUUAUUUAAUCUCUUGCUGGCGCACCGCGUAUCUUAUUGUGGACGAUAUGCCAUUAAGUAACAGGCUUCCGUAUGAUAAUUAUUGAAGCAAACAUACACACACCACACGCAUACACAUACACGUAUAUAGCCAGGGACCAAAUAAUGUUAACUUACCGAACUUACGUAAUUUCUAUAGGGAUUGCACGAUGAGAGAUUUUCAUAUCCAUAUGUAUGCAUAUUUAUUAAAUGAGCCGCUAAGGAAUUUCUCAAAGAUACAGGCAAUUCUAUGUAGCGCAGGCAAUCUGUAUCUGUAUCUCUUCUCUGCUUUAGAAGAUAUUUCCAACUUUGAAGGAGAUUCCAGAUUUUAGAUCUCUUACAAGAUUCUCCAAUUACGCAAUUAAGACACUCGGCAAGUUAUAAGCUCUUAAUAUAUUGUGCGACAAUAGUCAUAUUCCCGCUGAUAAUAAUUAUUAAUUAUUUUUUUACUUAUCUAAUUUUUGCGCAUUUACAUUUGAAAGAUUAUAAUAAUAUCGAAAAUUAUCCCGCAGUGCAAAAAAUAAAAAUAUCUUGAAAUUGUCUGUUCAAGUCCCCAUGUAAAUACUUGUGCAUACAAAUGUACUAUUUAUAUACAUGAAACAUAUAAAAGAUAAAAUAAAAUAUAAAAUAUAAAUGUA